AAUGUGAUUUUUUGUUUAUGCGGUAUGCUUUGAAAUACUGCAACUUUUCAGAAGUUCUGUCAACAUAUUGCGAUGAGACAUGGGUAGUCUUGACCGCAUCGGACAACUUCAAGCGGCAAAAGCGUUUCUCAGAUUCUGCAAACAUAACAAGUCAUCGGCUUCUAGUACGGGACCCCCAGGCCAUGAGAAAGCAAACCAAAGUUCUUCUCUCAUCGGUGUGAGCGACUUCGACAAACUCGUAGCCAAGACGAAUUUAUCCCGGCAAUUCAUCUUGAAACAAGUGAACGAAUCUGAAAAUCAAGAGCAACAAAUUGCAAAUUCACAAAUACCAUUUUCGUCGCUAGCGCCAGUUCUUAAAAACGAUGUUUAUUUGGAAAAGAGGACGCAGUUUACACUACCUGGUCACGACCAAAGUUCACCGAAGUUCAAAAACGUCCGAAUUAUAGAGUUGGAAGGGAAAUGGAAAUACUGGAUCCCAACGAAGCAUGUCAAGUCUUCUGAUGAAGAUAUAAUUGUACGUUAUUUGAACAAAAAUGGUAUAAAUACUCCUGAUGUGAUACCGUUGCCUCCCAAUGCUCCCUCGUCAUUUAAUCGGGAAGAGUUUCUGAAGAAAUGCAAAGCUGUUAAAUUUGGCAAUGAGUCACUGACCUUUCACGAGACUCGCAAGCUGCCGAAGGAAAUCAAAUCUAAUAUUUCUGGACUCACAGAUUCGAAAGAUGUGCGGCAAAAAAUUGAAGACCAUCUCACACCUCUUUCUGCAGAAGAUGCUUUGAACAGUAAAUGUUCAGAGCAUGCAGAAAAAGUGCUUGAUAGUGAUUGUAUAUUAUUGUUCUCAGAUCAGCCAGAAGACAAAAAAUCGCCUCAUAUUAAGUUCAGUCCGGGUAAGAAAUGUCCUCCUGGUCGUUUUAGUGAGGUCGGAAAUUGGAUCUCAGUUGAAAUGAAUAAUUUAUCAGUGCCGGGUCAUCAAAUGGAUUUCUCGUUCUAUGAUUCUGAUGUGAAGUUUCUAUACGAGAAGUUAGAAGGCGAGCAAAGGGUUUUGGCGACCAAUUUGAAAGUGUAUUCUACCAUUUGCAGCAGUUGGAGAGCGUAUUUGAUGAGUACUAAAUUGGAAGUUGUGUCUAAGGUGUUGAGGUUGACUCCGGAACACGACAAGGGCAAAAUAUGUGUUCGUUGGAGGGUAAAGACUCUCUCUCCUCUGAGCGUGUUUGCACCUCUAUUGGGAAAAAGAGAGAAAAACUACUCGUACCUCGAUUAUUACUCCGAGUUCUACGUGAACGAAAACGGGUUCAUAACUUGCCACGUCAUCUCAAAAGUGGCGCCUACAAACUCAGGAGCUGAAAUUUCACGCUCGAAAAGAAUGGCAGCCGGAGCAAUGGCGACUCUUUUUGGCCUCUCCGGCAGCGGAAGCGAUCAAAUGACGUCACCGAUUCCCGCCGUGGGCUUCAAAAGUCUGCCUGAUAGUUUAAACAGUUCAAUAGUUGAAAAGCAUUGAAUGUGCAUACGUAUUUUUUCUACAAACCUGCCACAAAAUAGACAACUAAUAUGUAUUCAAAUUCAGUUGGUUCUCAACUUAGUGUAGUUUAUAUUUUUGUACAUUU